GUGACGUGAGACGUCCUUGCGACUUUCUAGGGAAUCGAGUGUUAAAUUCAAACAAAUGUUAACUAUAGGUAUCUAAAAUACAAAAAAAAUAUUAUAAUAAAAUGAUUUAAUGAAUUUUUAAAGCUUUUCAAAAGACAACAUCUUUUGGGGUAACAAUUAUAUAUAUUAAUUUAAAAAAGUACAAUUCAUUGAAAAUGAGUUUAGUUGGAAAAAAGGGUGAAUCAAUAACGCUUACAGAAACAAAUAGAGAUGAAGUAAUUCGUAACGAUGUUACACCGGAGGAUGUUUUACGAUUGGAUAAAAUUACUGACACAUAUUUAUGUAGUCCUGAGGCCAAUGUAUAUGACAUAGAUUUUACGAGAUUUAAAAUACGUGAUCUUGAAACUGGCACUGUAUUAUUCGAGAUUGCCAAACCACCAACUGAUUUUGGUGUUGAUAACGAGGGAACGGAAGAUGUCCAAGAGGAACCUUUAGAUCCAAAUGCAGGAAGAUUCGUUCGCUACCAAUUUACACCGCAGUUUCUAAAACUAAAAACUGUCGGGGCUACGGUUGAAUUUACUGUAGGUGCUCGUCCUGUGAAUCAUUUCAGAAUGAUUGAAAAACAUUUUUUCCGAGAUACAUUAUUGAAGACAUUCGAUUUUGAAUUUGGCUUUUGUAUUCCAUUUUCAAGAAACACUUGUGAACAUAUUUAUGAAUUUCCCUCUUUGCCACCUGAUUUAGUGGAAGAGAUGAUAGCUGCACCAUUUGAAACUUGCUCUGACAGUUUCUACUUUGUGGACAAUCACCUCGUCAUGCAUAAUAAAGCUGAUUAUGCCUACAAUGGGGGUAUAAACAAUUAAGAAAACAAAUGUAAUGUUUCUUGUCACAAUUUUAUGAAAAUUAGCACUAAAUCAUUUUAUUAUAUUUAAAUAGCAUCGGAAUUACUAUUAUUUACUUAUAAAUUUAGUUACAAAAAUAGAUAGAUUUAAAAACACUACUGCUGUAAAUGAAUUAAUUAAUUUUUAGACAGUGUUAUGGAUGAUGUAGGAUUCUGAUACUCCAUGCAUUCCAAUCUAUAAAUCCAUUUAAGAGAUGAGGUAUAAAGAAUCUCACAUACACAAACCCUGAAAACAUGUAAAAAACAACUGCUCACAGUUACGUAAUAAGGAUUUUGUUAUAUUUUACUUAUUAUUAACAAUCAGUGUUUUUGCAAACUACAAUAGUUAAGUUUGGUUUUUAUUUACAAAUUGUUCAACCACAUA